AAUGGUACCAUAUGAACGAAAAUGUCGACAUUGAAGAAUGGUCUGGGGCAACAAUAAUUCCAGUCUCAGAUCAUGGAGUCCAUGGAAGGCUGAGUUGAAAACUCCCAGAGGAGAAGAAAACAUUGACAGAGAAUUCCACUAUCACCAGACCCAGAUGUCCAUGAAGAUAAAGAAAUAUAAUUACAAAAUAAUCGUCAUUGAAGAUAUUUGAAAUCCUCCCAGCAAUGAAAGAAAGCCACCUUUGAGAUUUUUUAGAGAAAGAAAGAAUGUUCAGAAAUUAAACACAAGUCAACAUUCAUAAUAAUGCCUUGUUUUCUUGUGGUACCUAUAAUGUAUUGAACUAUUUGAAAUCUAACCUCCUUCUGUUCUGUACAACCGCCCAUAAAAGAGAUAAACUAUGCCCAAACACAAGCUAAAUUGACAGGAAAGAUGAGCAAUGUAACAGAAUUCAUCUUGCUGGGCCUGACCCAAAAUCCACAACUGCAGAAAAUCUUAUUUACUGUGCUUCUACUGGCCUAUUUGAUCACACUGGCAGGUAAUAUGCUCAUCUCCAUCACCAUCUUCAUCAGCCCAGCCCUGGGCUCUCCCAUGUACUUCUUUCUGUCCUGUUUGUCCAUUAUAGAUGGUUUCUACUCUUCUUCCAUAGCACCCAAAAUGAUCUUUGACUUGAUCUCUGAAAAGAACACCAUAUCCUUCAGUGGCUGCAUGACUCAGCUCUUUACUGAACACUUUUUUGCUGCAGCUGAGAUCAUCCUGUUAAUGGCCAUGGCCUAUGACCGCUAUGUGGCCAUCUGUAAGCCCUUGCACUACAUGACCAUCAUGAACCGGCAGGUGUGUGGUUUCCUGGUGGGGGCGGCUGGGAUCUUGGGGUUUAUUCAUGGAGGGAUACAGAUUUUGUUUAUGGCCCAGUUACCAUUCUGUGGACCCAAUGUCAUGGAUCACUUUAUGUGUGAUUUAAUUCCUCUCCUGGAGCUGGCCUGCACAGACACCCACAGUUUGGGGCCCCUGAUUGCUGCCAACAGUGGGUCACUGUGUUUGAUCACCUUCUCCAUGCUGGUGGCUUCCUAUGUCAUCAUCCUGUGCUCCCUGAGGUCUCACAGCUCCGAAGGGCGCCGCAAAGCCCUGUCUACCUGUGCCUCUCAUGUCACAGUUGUCAUCUUAUUCUUUGUACCUUGUUCAUACCUGUACCUCAGACCUGUGGCCUCCUUCCCUGCUGACAAAGCUGUGACUGUGUUUUGUACCCUAGUGACACCUAUGUUAAACACUUUGAUCUACACCUUCAGAAAUGAGGAAGUGAAAAAGGUUCUGAAGAAGCUCUGGGAUCAAAUGAUGAAAGUUGAUGAAAAAUAAACCCUGUGCAUAGUGCACUAAGAAGAAUAUUGAGUGAUAUUUUAUA